AUGGCUUUGUACACCGCCUUGGAAGACACCAAUGGCAUCUCCGAGACCGUCCGCAAGGUCAGUGAGGACCUGGGUGAGCCAGCACCAAAGGUUGAUGUGCUGGCGACCAAGGGACGAUGGCAUGGUGUCCUCUACGGUUUCUGGCCUACAUUGAUUUGGUCAUUUCUUAUCCUUGCCUGCCUCAUUGCCCUGAAUGUGGCAUGGGACUUGGAUGGUUCUUUGGGCUUCAGCGAUUUGGAUUCCAGGACUGCAGUGGAAAGCUCUUCGAUCCUGCCAAAUGCUAAAGCACUUCUUCUCACACGAUUUGCAAGCCUCAUCCUGACCUUCCUCCCCUGCGCAGUUGCUGUGAAGAACUAUCGACAGCGGCAGAAAGAUGCCGGGGAACCCUUGAUUCUUGCUGGACUGGAAGUUCUUUUGACCUUUUGCACCCUCUGGACUUGGUGCUUGAAGAUCUUCUACUUCUUUUUUGCAACCUGCGCCAGCGCUCUUUAUGUUUGCUUUGCUUGGGUACCUCCAUUUUUUGUGACGGCUGGACUUUGGAUUGUCUUUGACAUGGCCUUCGGCAUGGCAUGGCUGAUCUUUUGGGCGGUGUGGGUCUUCUUGUUGCCUUUCGCCUUCGUGUCCGGGAACAAGGCGGCUGUCGACGAGAUGUUAUCAAUCCUUCCCUUCUACCUGCACAAUGCCAACGUGGUCUUGAUGAUGGUCGAGCUGAUUUGUUCGCGCUGGACAAUGAAUCUGGAGCAUAGCAUCUUCCCAGUGUACUUUGCACUGUCCUACCUGUACUUCAACUGGUGGCUCUACUCCAAAAUCCAUAUCUGGAUCUACUUCUUCCUGGACUAUGACAGGCCAUCUUCGGUGCCGGUCUGCUUGACCCUUUGCGGAGUCACGGUCGACCUCAAGGAUCACUUCCUUCCCAUGGGCGACAUCAGCUUUUGCACCAUCCAUGGAGCUUCGCGAACUGCGCGAUUGAGCUUUCCAGAUGCGAAGUCGGCUGCGUCGGCCGUCAAGGAGUUGUCAAGGUCAUCCAUUGAGGGUUUCAGCAACGAGAUCAAAGUGACAUAUCCAUACCACCGGGCACAGACAGAGGUGCGGGUGUCCUGUUUGGACAAGGAGGUCACUGAAGAUCAGCUUCGAAUGCACUUCGAAAAAGCAGGUCCGGUCGACGUGGUGGAGUUUAUCGCUGAGGAGCUGCCCCCUGAGUUCAAAGAGGCAGACGCCAGCCGAUCAUGGGCCUGGAUGCCCAGCCUUGUUCAAGUUGGGUGCCGCACGAAUGUGCGGGUCGUGGCGCGAGCGCGUCCAACGUCGUCCUUCGCCUCUGACAUCUUCAAGUUUAAUGAGGCUGCAGAUAGCAUCGAUAUGCGUUUGCCCAAAGAUGAGUCAGCGGGACUUGUGAACAACCAGCAAGAGACUUGGCACUUCAAGCUGGACAAGGUACUGUCGAAUGGCAGCCAGGAGCAGAUCUUCGAAAUCUGCGCAGCAGAUGUGGUGAGAUCUGUGAUGGACGGUUACAACGGCACCAUCCUGGCAUAUGGCCAGACAGGGGCUGGUAAGACACACACCAUGUCUGGUGGCCACAUGGGUUUUGCGGAUCGCGGUAUCGUGCCAAGAGCAAUUUCUGCGAUUUACUCAGAGGCAGCAGCACGUCCAGAAAACAACAUCACAAUCAAGCUAUCGUACGUUGAGAUCUACAACGAACUCAUGUUUGAUUUGCUGACGGAUGUUGGCGUGGCAGAGCAGAGUGGUGACCUCUCCAUUGUCGAGGAUUCGCGCGGGAACAUCCAGGUGCGAGGCCUCACGACACCUGUAGGGGGCACUGAGGAAGAGGCGCUGCAUAUCUUCUUUCAGGGCGACACCAACCGCCACGUUGCUGAGCACGCUUUGAACAAAGGGUCCACUCGUUCCCACGUGGUCUUCACCAUCUAUGUGGAGAGCCGCUCGAGAGUGGAGUCUUCCGAGAAGGUCAUUUUUUCGAAACUGCAUUUGGUGGAUCUUGCUGGGAGUGAGCGUGUCAAGAAGACUGGCUCUGAUGGAGUGAUGCCGAAAGAGGCCACCUUCAUCAACAAGUCCCUGACAUUUCUGGAGCAGGUGGUUGUUGCCCUUGGCAACAAGCAUCGCGACCAUAUUCCGUAUCGACAAUCAAAACUCACACACAUCUUGAAGGACUCCUUAGGAGGCAACUGCAAGACGACCAUGGUGGCAAACAUUUGGCCAGAGGGCAAGAUGUUGGAAGAGACCGCCAGCACUUUGCGCUUUGCCACGCGCAUGAUGAAGGUCUCAAAUGAAGCCUCUGUCAACGUGCAUCUGGAUCCACAGUUGCUCAUCAGGAAGUAUGAGCGGCAGAUCAAAGACCUGAAACAGGAGCUUGCCAUGCAUGACACCCUGGCUGGUCGAAGCCGCGUCCAAUACGAGGAGUACGCUCCAGAUGAGCAGAAAGAGCUCCAGGAUAAGGUGCAGAUGUAUUUGGAGGGUGACCUGCAGGAGAUUGAAGUAACCAGCCUUCGCAUGGUCUAUGAGUCCUAUGCUAUUUUCCGGAAACUCUACCAAAACCUCCGCACCGAGCUGGCCAAUCGGCCAACUGUUCCAUUGCCGCCACAAGGGGGUGAUGUGGAGGCUGGUGAUGGUGGUCAGACCACCACCAUGGAGGCGAGGGAAGGUGAAGUUGGAGAGGACGUGGAAGGCAAAGGCAUUGCGGUCGGCGUAGCACCAGCCAAUUCGCGACCUCCGCAAGAGGCCAUGGUGCCGGAUGCAGGAGAGGAUCCCGAUGAUGCUCCGGGCACUGAGCCCCGGACGCAACGAGAUGAACUCCAGAAACCACCGGACAAGCAGGUGGUCUUUGCGGAGUGGAAGGCCAAAGAGGGCCAGGCCUUCGAAGAUGCCUUUGAGAAGAAUCGGCAGGAGCUGCGAGAAAAGCGCGCCGAAAUGAAGGAUGCACUGGUAGCAGCAAAUGCAAAGAAGAAAGAUAUUGAUGAAGCCAAGGAGCUCUUGGCCCGAAAGCAAUCGGAGAAGGGUAUGGAUCCAGACAGAGAGGAGCUGUUGCUGGGGGGGUGA